AGGGUUGGUGUGGGGGUUGUGAAACAAACUGUGGUUUCCAUCUCCCCAGGGGAAGGGCUUACUUCUAAUCCUCAGAUGAGCAUAAGGAGUGAACUCUGGGUGGCCAUGCUCUUCCAAGUGCUGAAGGUGAGCCUGCUCUUUCUUGAAAGAGCUGUAUGUGACAACGCCAAUACUUGGAAAGGCUACAAAGAUUGAUAUCAAUUUCCAUGUGGCCAUCGUUUUCAGAGCGUGAGUUUCUUCUUCGGCCCAUUCUUUUGCGAAUGUACUUUGUAACCUUCUCAAAGAUCCUUGAGAGAACUGGUUGAGGCGACGGACACCAAAUCUCAGAAUAGAGGCCAUGUUUUUUCUCUAGGUUUUCUCCUUGUUACUGAGGUCAGAGGUGAGUGACACUGUGGGUUAUUUAGAAAAUCACACAUGUUCUCUAGCUAGCUCUCUUGUGGUUGGUUUUUUUCUGCUCCAGAAAGAUAAAGGUUGAAAGUAAGAUGUGGCCCACUGGUGGUGGCUACUACUGGCCUCAAGCUGCUUCCAACAAUCCAACCCCUCAACAGAGCAAUCCUUCAGACUGGGCUGCCAAGGCUGUUCAAUGGGCUCAGCAGAAGACUGUUCACGAGCAAGCCUAUCAACAGCAUAUGCAGGUACAACAGCAGCAAUAUUUAAUGGCUGCUCAACAACAGAUGGCCCCUGCCCAACAGUACGCACAUUCGCAGAGGGCCCCUGCCCAACAGUACGCACAUUCGUACUCUCAAUCCCUGCCACCUGCUCAGAUGUCCAUUCCACAGCAAGUGCCAAUACAGCCUGCACAACCUCCAGUUCCUGCACAGGCCACACCACCAUUGUUUGCUCCUGCUCAGCAACCUACUCUACCAAAAGCGGCUAAUCCAUCUGAAUUAGGACCGGGACAUAUUGACUUCAAGCCACCUAUGAGUAAACAAUCUAGCUACUACAGUGGUUCAGGCGGGGGAAGUUUUGAACGCCAGCCUCCAGGAAGGCAUUUUUCACCAAGAGACACACACGAAAACUAUCGAUAUCCUGGUCCUCCGAGAAGCGAAAUGAGACCAAGAAUGCCUCAACAUCCUAGUCCAAGGGAGAGGGGACCACCCCCUCGUCAGAGGGGCUUUAGCCAACCUCGGAGUCAAUCUCCUGGAGGCUUUGUGCAAAACACUUACAACGACGCUCCUGUCCAUGAAGACUACCAACGCACUGAGUCUAAUGCAGAAACACAAUGGAACGAAAAAGAUGAAACUGUCGUUAAAAUGCGUAGAGCUGAUAUUGAUGACUCGUUGUAUGGUGAGCAUCCUGAUAAUCCUCCAACAUUUCUCCAAGACGAAUCUCACCCAAAACCUACAAGUUCAAGCAAAACUGAGAAGCUGAAACCAGCCAUGAAUUUGAGCUCUGGAAUGAGCCAACGUGAUAAAGAAGAUGAACACUUAUAUGCCAACACAGGAAUGACUAAAUCAAGUGCACCCACAGUGGCUAGUCCUAGUAUAAACAGAGAAGGUGUGGGAGUCAUUCCUGGUUUAGGAGAGCCUCUCAGCAAAGCUUCUCCCAUCCUCCCCGUGCAAGAAGAAGAAAAAGCAAAAGCAAAAUCAGCCAAUGCUGAGAAUAUGUUAGCGUCUCUAGGGAAGCUGAUGACUGAGCUGCAGGGAUUAAAGGGGCUUACCUCUAGCCUACAGCUGCUCAAUGCAUUACCUCAAGUAAAAAAAGAUAAAAGUGACCAGGCUCUGUCUGAAGAGGCCAACAAAAAAGCUGCUGCUCUGCUUGCCAAUGAAAGCGAUAGUGAUGGAGAGUCACAGACACACUACAGAAUAGGCAACCCUACUCCGGCGCAGACAGUGCAUGCAGAUAAAGAGCCUUCUCAAACAGGAGACGCUAGAGAGUUUGAUGGCUACAAUGUGACACCUCAGGUCUACAACACCUACUCACAGCAAGGGGACUAUCCAGAACAUACUGAUUACAGGGGUAGAAACGAGUAUUCCCAUGACUACAACAAGAGCUAUGACAAUAGAGAAUCUGGCUAUUCUGACCCCAAACGACCAGAAUACUACCCGCCGGAAAGAAAUCGCUUGGAGGACCGUGAAGUGUAUCAGGAGAAAGGAAAUUGGAGCGACUCGCGUGAUUUUGAUAUUCGUCAGAGGUAUCAGGACCAGGAGCGCCCUGCUGGUGACAGAUAUCCUCCCAUCGAUGGCCCACCUAUGAGGGAGGCGAGAUUCUCACCCGAGCCCCCUCCUAUGAGAGAGAGGUACCAGGCAAAUGAACGGAGGGAUGAUAGAUACCCCACAUUGCCCAGUACUAGUCCAUCUAUUUCGGAUCAAAGGUAUCAGGGGGAAGAGUACAGGAGACCUCCCCCUGUUGCGGAUGAUUACAGCUAUGUAGGACAAGGAUCAUCCCACACAGAGGAACACUAUCGUGAGCCUAGCCGUCCACUAGCAUCUCAGAUAGAAAGCUUUGACUAUGGCCAUGGGGGAGCCCCUGCUAUCGUUGACUACAAUCAUGGGAAAAAAAGCACGGGUUCUGAGUCCCAUUUCAUUGGACAAAGAUCAACAGGUUUUCCCCUCCCUCCUGAGCCCAGCUUUCCUGGCUACCCCGGCGUGGGUGGCUACAGCUUCUCUCCUGGCACCAUGCCAUUCUUUCCCGCUGUAGUAGAUUCGGCCCAGGCUGCCCUUAUUGCUGCAGCGUACACUGCACAAGCUGGGGAGGCUAAGCGUAAAGUUUUGCCUACCUGGCUAAGAGAUGAACUGGAGAAGAUGGAGGCCAAGAGACAGAAGGAGAUGGAAAAAGAGACGGAGGAAAAUAAGAAGCAAGCAGGAGUGGGACGUGCCACAUGGAGGGAUGAGGUUGAUUCUGACGAAGAUGAGGCAAGCAAAGAAGAAGAGAGGAAAGGAAGGAGCAAACGAUCAUACAGACAAAAAUCUCCCUCCCCGAAGAGGAGCACUGAACAAAAGUCCCCACCAAUCAAGCGCAAGAAAUUCAAAUUAAUGGAGGAUGACGAGGAGAAAGAAAUUGCUAAGAUUAUGAAGAUACGUCGAAUGUUGACUGAGAUACUGCUAGAAGUUACUGACCAGGAAAUAGACGUUGUUGCAAAUGAAGUGUUGGAAGAAGAAAAAAAGCCUAAGUUGUCUUUUGCUUUCAAGAACACUGCAACUAGUCAGGCAGACUCCGGCGAGAAUGUGUUGGCUGGAAUGAGUAUGUAUAACUCAGGGAGUGAAUCUGACCAAGAGCCCGAAGACAAGAAGAAACGCAAAUCCGACGAGAAGAAACACAGUGGCCCUGUCUUAGAUUCGCUAGAUGUUGCUAAGGCGUUUUCAGGUACUGUUGUCAACCCGACGGUCCCUAUUCCCCCUCCUUCCAAGGAGCACCGAGAAUGGGCAGACAAGCUGCUCUCAGACCUAACCCCUCGCUCCCGUAAAGAUAGCUCAAGGAAGUACGGCAAAAGUGAGGAGAAGCGCUCUCACUCUGACCGACGAUCUUCUCAAGGGGAAUACCACAAAAGUUCACACAAAAAAAGCAGUCGAGACAAGGAAAAAGAAUCUUCUUCGAAAAGCAAGGGUACAUCUCAUAGCCGUUCCAAGUCUUCUGAUACACCCACUAGUAGCAAAAGGUCAGCCUCUAAGGGCAUGUCCCAUUCUCCUCCUCCUCCAUCUGGACCAAGUUUAGCGACAGGCUUCACCGUACCUAAAUCCAUUAGGGGGAGGUCUCGAUCCCCUGGCAAAGGAAACCCAACAAAAAGGAAAAGCCGUCGCUCAAAGUCAGGAUCUUUCUCCCCUCCUCUACGCAAGGUCUCGUACAAAAAGGAUCGAAGUCGCAGCAGGUCCCCUCCUCCUAAUACUCAACGGUAUCAAGGAAAAAGUGUGUCAGCAGGAUUUCAAAGCAUGCAGAAAUCAAAUUGGAGUGAACCCAGGCACCAAAAGAAGGCCAGUCAAGAGGGUCAAAACAAAUCAAAUUGGAGUGAACCACGACCCCCUCGACCGAGCCUCCGAAUUGUCUCUACAAGAAAAUAACUCUACGAGGAUCAACCUCGGCUGUUACUGAUCAAAAUUUAUACCAACCUGUUCUUUAUUCUAAUAUAAAGCCUUUUCUUGAGUUAA